AUGUUUGCCCUCUUCUUGGUUAUAGUCCUCACUUCCGCAGAACGAAUUGAUAUUGCCUAUACAAUGGAAACGCAUGCAAAUAAUUUCAAGUCUACUGGGUGUGGUAAUGUUCCAGAACAGGUCUGCAGAGCUUUUAAAAUGCAGAAAUUGUUCCGUCCAGUUGGAUUGGUUGGUGGUGGAGCGACUUGCCGCCUUUGUGAGAACUUUGUUGACAAAGCUUUAGAGUAUGUGACCAAUGGUGACAACGUCCAACAAGUUAAUGAAAAGAUUUUGACCUUCUGUGGUGACAAGUUGAAUAGAGAAUUACCUCAGCAUUAUUGCUUUGUAAUAGCUCAAGAGAUAUACAUUAAAGUGCUCAACGCUUAUUCAAAUGGUCAACCAAUUGACAAGACUCUUUGCACUAAGAUGAAUCUUUGUUAA